GAUGAGUCAGCCUUCAGUGCCACUGACCCCUGCAGCCACUGAGGGGACGGUGUCACCACCAAACACGCGCACUUGCCCUUCCACUCCUAAGAAAAUUCAUGCUGGAGCUGUCGACGUCCUCGCACAGCUACUCAGUUAAUCAUCUGCCCACGCCAGGAUGCACCGCUCCGCUCUGCAGAUUCAGAGAAAUGUUUCCGCCUGUUUGUCAUUACUGCUUUCUUGACUGCUGGACGUAGACGCCGAGGCGCCGCCGCCGCUGCUUCCGUUCAAGUUUUGAUCAUCGCUUCAGUCUUUUCACAGUGUCAGCAAGGUGCGAUCUGUGUUUUUUUUUUUUUCCUUGGAAAGCGCCCGGUGAUAAUUUUUGUGUCCACAGCCAACGCAGUAUGCAAGCAGAGGGGCUGGAGGUUGGCGGACACCGGGACUGAGUGCGCGGCGGAGAUCUCAGACACCGUGCGCGUCUUUCUUGGACACAUAUCGGGAGAUAACUGAGUGUUGGGCUCUCACAGUUUUCCUUGGCAUUGCGAUGUCCACGAGAAAAGCAUCGUUGACGGACAAGCAGACUAAAAACGGCACAUCAAAAUAUGUGUUGGAGAGAUGCGCUUCUAUUAACGAGUAUUAUGAUAUUGCUUUCAAGGUGAUGCUGCUGGGAGAUUCAGCCGUGGGGAAGACGUGCGUGUUGGUGCGCUUUAAAGACGGGGCAUUCCUGGGAGGCAACUUUAUAGCCACCGUUGGAAUAGACUUUAGGAAUAAAGUGGUAGAUGUCGACAACUUCAAAGUCAAACUCCAGAUCUGGGAUACAGCCGGCCAAGAGAGAUUCCGCAGUGUAACGCACGCCUACUACAGAGAUGCCCAGGCUUUACUUUUGCUUUAUGAUAUCACCAGCAAGCCAUCGUUUGACAAUAUCAGGGCUUGGCUGACUGAAAUACAUGAGUAUGCCCAGAAGGAUGUGGUCAUCAUGUUGCUCGGCAACAAGUCAGACAUGGCUGCAGAGAGGGUUGUGAAGACGGAGGAAGGAGAGAAGCUGGCGAAGGAAUAUGGAGUUCCGUUUAUGGAGACCAGUGCGAAGACGGGAGUCAAUGUGGAUCUGGCUUUUCAUGCUAUUGCAAAGGAGCUGAAGCACAGAGCAACGCAGCAGCCCAACGAGCCCAAGUUCCAGAUUCACGACUACAUCGAGUCUCAGAAGCACAAGACCGGCUGCUGUGGCCUCGUGUAGCUGAUGCUCAACACCAGGCAGAGAGAGACACGCAUAGAAAAAGAAAGAUAGAGGGGCGGGGGGGUGGGUGGGAGGGGACGAGGUAAAAUCGUCUGCUCUCUCUUUUAUGAAAGCCAAUCCCAGCACCAAACCCUGAGAAGCAGACGCCCUCGUCUUCUCCACUGAGCUUUUUUGGCUGGAAGAAAUCUGGACUGACUGCCAUCCCUUAAUCUGAAAUGUGAAUUUAAAUCUUUUAUGUCAUGCGUAGAAACGUUUGUGGUCUUUGUGGUGACAGUUGUAUCAAACUACAAGUCAGGAGUUACAAUCUGAAAUGCUAUACCCAUCUGCAGGGACUAAAAAAAAAGAAGACGCAUUUAUUGUUCUACUCUGGAUAAACUGCAGGUUUCUAUGAGCCAUCAGUAUGACCGCUGACGUGGAUAUAGCAUUUUGCCAUGCAGCUCUUAGUGUGUUUCAUCCCAGUUUUACCAGGCUGUGAAAUGAACCCCUUUUGGCCUUACAGUCUUUAAUCUUUGACAAUUUAGUGUGUUUGAGAAGUGGACUUGAGUCUCUCAGUCAGAUUGUAGCUACAAUGAUCCAGUCUGUUCACAUGUGUACUGCUGUUAGAUAGAAUAAAGCCAACGUUUGAGGCCGCUCA